AUGGAGGGUUUUGGUCAACACAUUCGCUUCUUUAUUGCAAAGCAGGGGACGAACGUGUUCCGUUUCUCUCCUCUUGUAGCUCCCAUCAAAUGCACUGUCUUCUCGCUUGUUCAGAGCCAAGCGUUGGAGGAAGCAACCAAAGCCAUCGCCAAGGAACUCACUUCUCUUGGCAUCUCGCACAAGGUCGACACCACCGGUAAGUCCAUUGGUAAAAAGUAUGCGAGAAGCGAUGAGCUCGGAGUGCCAUUUGCGAUAAUAGUGGACUCGGAGACAUUGGUGACAAUCAGAGAAAGAGACAGCAAAGACCAAGUCCGAAUCGGCUUAACGGAUGUAGCCUCUGUCGUCAGCUCUCUCGCUGAAGGAAAGAUGCCGUGGAAAGAAGUCGCGGAACACGCCGGUUUCAGUCCAAAGAGGUUUUUAGUUAAGCUUUUGGUGGUUUUUCCGUUUUGCAUUGUUUUUCUCUACUUUUUACUUGUAGUUGCUCUAGGUUUAUGA